GGUACAUCGUAGACGUCUCAAAUGUCAUGAAUCCAUUGAAAGUUUAGUGUUUACCAUUUUUUCGUGUUUACGAAUUGUGAUCUUCAGUUAGCAGAAGUUCAUUUAUUGUUGGAUAAUUUGCUGAGCAAUGGAAACCCAAAAUGCAAUCGAUGCAAAUUUUUAUGCAACCAUUCAACAGGAAUACAAGAUAAUGGCUGAAUACAAAAUGAUACAAAGUGAAUCUAUCCAAGGCGUUUACGUUAUUCCAUCGUUUGAGAACUCAUUAGUUUGGUUUGGCGUAAUUUUCGUCCGUAGCGGCUCAUACUUGGAUGGAAUAUUUCGGUUCACAAUCACCUUAGCUAAAAAUUUUCCCGACGAAAUGGAAACUCCGAUUGUGACAUUCCAGUCUCACAUUCUGCAUCCACUAAUUGAUGCGUCGACCGGUCGCUUGCAAACGAAAGAAGCAUUCCCAACGUGGAACUCAAACGAUAAUCAUGUCUGGCAAAUUUUGAAAUUCAUUCUGUUCAUCUUCGAAUACUCACACGUAUGCUUCUCGGGCGAUAUUGUGAAUAAAGAGGCUGUCGACUUGAUGGCACAAAAUAAAUCGGAAUUUACGAAACGAGUGAAGGAAUGUGUUCGAAUCAGUCGAGAUCGGAUAUACGAUCCGCCGACGGUGGAGGACAAGCACUACAUUACUUUCGAUCAGUUCGACAGUGACGUUCAUGGCAGUACAUUAGAGAGUAUUAAAAAUAGAAAGUAUGCUACCUCGUCGCCACCCAAUUCAUCGCUGUCGUGGUAUUGAAAAUACAUGGGAAGUGUUAGUGCUGAUCAAUCAAUGGGUGGAUAUCAUUGAAUAGGAUAUUUUUUAAACAUAUCGGGCCGAGUCAUUCAAAUAAACAUUGUGGACGAUUUAGGACGGUAAUAACAAAGCAAUGUUGCGAUGCAAAAAUUAUUUUAGAAAAAAGAAAUAAAAAAAAUAUUUUGAAUCAAAAGUCCUCCUG